AUGCUCGUCGAAAGACCAUUGACGAACCUCGCUCCGGCGAGCCAGCAGCCCUCUGAUGCCUUCAAGCUCACGAACGAGCAAGGCUUCGAGUGGUCGUUGAGUUUCCUCACUCCCACCAUCUACAAGAUCACUGUCGUCGGGCCAAAUCACCCGCUUCCGCAACAAAGCAAUGUGCACUGGAGCAACAAGCCGCUCGCUGUCUCCGCCAAGGUCGAUACUGGCGCGCAAAAGGCUACCCUCAGCGUCGACGGCUUGGCGCACGAAGUGACCGUGCAGUUCGAUGACACUCCUAUCGUCGAGAUCCACGAGACCGUCGAGGGCAGCAACGACAAGGUUCGCAUCUUUGGCGACAACCCGCACAAGUCAUACUGCUACUCGGAGACGGGCGUCACGAGGUACACCCGCUUCAACAACCAAAAUCUUCACAUUGGCAUGGGCGAGAAGGCUGCUCCGCUCGACCUCACCCACCGAUCCUUCUGCAUCUCGGGAAGUGAUUCGGCCAGCUACGAUGCCUACCGCACCGAUCCUCUCUACAAGCACACUCCUUUCCUCAUGUCGUUACCCAAGCCUUUUGAUGCCGACGGAGAGCCUCAGCCGCUCACCUCGGUGGUCGGUAUCUACUCGGCCUCCAACUCGGACGCCAACUGGGACGUUGGUCGCUUCAUCGACGAGCCAUGGGGCAUGUUCAAGAAGUACGCUCAGCACUACGGUGGUCUGGAGGAGUACAUCAUCCUCGGUGAGCAGGCUCAGCAGGUCGUAACGCAGUUCUCGGAUCUGGUCGGUCGCCCCCUCCUCGUCCCUAGGGAUUGGCUGGGAUACCUCGCCAGUGGAAUGGGUCUCGGUGAGAGCGACGUGCCCAUCGCACAGGAGCUGCUCUCCGGCUUCCCUGGCACAUGCAAGCAGCACGACAUCCCUUGCUCCGCCAUCCACCUUUCUUCGGGCUACACCGUGGACGGCGAGGGCAACCGUCUCGUCUUCACCAUGAACACGCGACGCUACCCGGACUUUGCCGAGCUCGUCAAGACGUUCCACAAAGCCGGCAUCCGCGUCACCCCCAACAUCAAGCCAUACGUCGCGCAGGCCCACCCACACUACCAGAAGCUGUACGACGCCGGCGCGCUCUUCACCGACCCCAACAACGGCAAUAAGCCUGUGGUCACUCGUAUCUGGUCGAGUGGCAUCGGCUGCACUGCGCUCGGCUCGUGGGUCGACCUCACCUCCAAGGCGGGUCGAGAGUGGUGGCGUCAAGGUGCGCUCGAGCUGUGCAAGCUCGGAGUCGACUCGCUGUGGAACGACAACAACGAGUUCCUGCUCUUCGACGACGCUUUCAUCUGCAAGAACGAGCUCGACGGCGACGCCAAGGUGGACGGCAACCGCACCGGCAAGCCAACCCCUGUCGGUGCCCUGGGUCGCAUGACCAACACCGAGCUGAUGGCUCGCGAGUCGCAUCAGGCGCUCGUCACGCAGCACCCUGACCGUCGACCCUUCGUUCUCACCCGAUCUGCCAACGUCGGCACGCAGAAGUGGGCAGCAUCCACCUGGUCCGGCGACAACCGCACCAGCUGGCACAACCUCCGUGGCUCGAUCGCCAUGGGCCUCAACGCGCAGAUGUCGCUCAUGCAAUCGUACGGCAACGACAUCGGUGGCUUCGCCGGCCCGCUCCCCAGCCCCGAGCUGUUCGUCCGCUGGAUCCAGUCGGGUAUCACCCAGCCCCGCUUCUGCAUCCACUCCUUCAAGCCCUGCAAGGAGGACCCAACGGGUGUCAAGCUCAACAACCUCCCCUGGAUGUACCCCGAGGUCGUCGACAUCAUCCGCACCACCAUCAAGCGACGUUACGAGCUCCUGCCGUUCAUCAACAACCUCAACUGGCGCUCGCACCUCGCCGCCGAACCGAUGAACACGUGGCUCGGAUGGAACGAGUUCGCCGCCGACCCGAACGUCUACUCUCGCGAGGUGCUCGAAGGGUUCGACUACUGGAUCGGUCACGGUCAGCUGUUGGUCGCCGGUGCGUACCACGAGAACGAGCUCACCCGUCGUGUCUACUUGCCCGCUGCCGGCAAGGAAGAUACUAAGGUGUACUACGACACGCACUCGCCGUUCAAGGUGUACAAGUCGGGUCAGUGGGUCGAGAACGUCUCGACGCCUCUGUCGCACUUUGCUGUCUUCGCUCGAGAGGGAACGGUGGUCCCUGUCGGUCUCGGCAAGGUGACGAUCACUCAGAACGAGGGCCCUGCGACAAUCACCUGCAGCGGAACCAAGAUCUUGACCGAGCAGGAGGGCGGCCAGUGUGUGUACGACGACUGGCGUGGUAUCGAGGUCUUCCCAUCGCCUGUUGACGCAAAGAGCCCAAGCGAGUACACCUACAGCUGGAUCGAGGACGACGGCGUGUCCGCCAAGCCUGCGGUCGCUGAGUUCAAGGUCGACAUCUCGUCGAGCCAGGACGAGGUGUCGGUCAAGGCCAGUGCGACAAAGAGCGACUUCAAGCCCCUUUGGGGCAACACGCUCUGGGUCAUCCUGCCCAGGGCCGACACGAGGAAGGUGCAGGGCGCGAGCAAGACCAUGCUGUACAAGGGCCAGACUGCCUAUGCUAUCACUGUUUCGGGUCUCUGA